AACACUGUUCGUUAGUCUGCGCCCAGCGGCUAUCGGCUCCACCACGCUGCUCGCACCUGCUGUCACACUGCCACACAGUCACGAUCGUCAGUCGUCACGCUCUAUCAUUAACUCGAUCACUGUGACAGUGUGACUUCCAUCAUUCUUAGUUACAUAUUCAUCAUGAGUGACAGUGACAGUGACAACAGUGGCAGGGAAACUCCUGGAACUUCGCACAAACGGAAAAAGCCGGGAGCCGUAACAAAGACAAUCCCAUCACAUCCAUCAUCAUCAUCAGGUGAGUGGGCCUUUAAACUCGAAGGAUACACUUGUUGAAGACCCCUGCCUGACCCCAAUCAUGCAACGGCUUGUGCCUUCCGCAUCAGGGCAGAGUUAUGGGACGAGAUGUAAGAAGCCCGUGGCCGUCACCGUCACCUCGGAUACUCCCCUAGAUAUGGAAGCGUGUGCAGGGGUGGUGGAAGUGCUGGUGAAGCACAUACUGUAUCAGCGCGGCCAGAUCCCCGUACCCUUUGAUGCCUUGCAGAGAGAAGCCAGGCUGCAGCGGUCAAUCAGCCAGGCGCACCUCAGGGACGCCGCGCUGCCACUAAACGCUCGUCAGAACUCGGUUUCCAGAAAGGAAGAAAUUAUGAAACAUAAAUUACAAAGGAAAAGACAGCAAUGGUUGUGUAAAGUAGACAAAUUUCUGCUUAACUUUAACUCCAUGAAAGAGAGUUUACACAAUGAACUUAAAAGUGGCAGUGUCCGUGGAGUCAAGGUAAUACUCGGAAGUUCAGUGAUGACAGGUCGUGAAAGCUACUUCAUCAGGCUGCCUGAAGACUACUCCAGUCAGUCCAGCACUCAGCCUGCCAAGCCCCAUAACAGGGGUCUGAAACUCUUUAGGAAUCUAGUUACAAAUGAGGCCUUGCUGAAGGUAAUGAAUCAGCCAUGUGGUGUUCAGAGGAUAUGGGUCAUGGUGCAGAAGUCUACAGGCCUAAAGAACACUACAGACCACACCAAGUCUCUGGGGGCUAACACAACAGCUGUUAACGUGAUUCACCGCCCUGAAUAUUCUGAACACCAAAGAACCACUAAGGUGGAAAUCAACAUACAGCACAGAAGUGUCAGUGCCUCCAUGGACCUCACCCCAACUGUAGGCUCAGGCAUCACCUUACAUAACCUAGGGACAAAGAGGUCCCUGUAUCUCAGUUCUCCAAGUGUGUUCCAUUCCUGUUCUUCCAACAGGAACCAAGGCAUGUUGACGUGCACUUAUCUGGAAAAGGAGUCUGAUAAUGGAACAAGUGACUCGGAUAGACAUAAAAUGCUCCCUCCAAGUCUCAUUAGAAAUUCAGAUUGCACUUAUAACAAAUCCAUUUUAAAAACUCCUGUGAAGCUGUACAAAGAAGACAUCAUUCCUAUGGUUGAGACACCUGUGCAUUCUUCAUUCCUCAAGGUUGAGUCCUUCACACCCAGCAAGCAGUUAGCAAGUCGACUUGGGACUUUUAAUCUCUCAGAUGGCACCUUGGACACUACCUGGUACCAAAUUGACUGUCUCAUAUCUGGGUUCAGAGACAUGUGUCAGUCUUGAACUACAUAAUGUGCAUAGAAUGGUGCGAAGUUGUUGUUUAUUGACUUGUUAAAUGUUAUAAUGAUGUGGAAUAUUUUUUUAAGUCUUCAUGUUUCAUAGUGUGUGUAUGAGAUAAUUUAUAUAAUUUCAGUCUUGCAUUUCUCUUCAGUAAAGUAAGAAAUUAUUUAUUGCAGUAAAAAGGAAGUAGACUGUUGAAAGAACUCAAGUAAGUUUAUCAUACUUAACAUUUUUUCAUGAGGAGUUCCAGUUACUCACUCAUGCAGAGACAGCAGUAUACUUCAUUCUGCUGUGUAAUCAAACAGUUCCCGUGAACUUUAUGAAAACAUUAAGAUAGGAACAAUUCCAUCAUUUUAAGGCUUAAGAAUGACAGAGGAAGAAAGAUGUAGCUAUGUUUACCACAAACAUUUAUAUAUUGUAAAAACUUUGUUACUAUGUUUGGUUUUACAUUAAAGGAUUUUACACAAG